GGCGCCUUGUCACGGUAGUUUGUUUCUUAUGCCGCUCCGAUUAACACGUUCCCGUCAUGGAUCAACUCGUUUACCGCAUGUGUUUUUUAAAUCCUUAGAAUAUGCUUUGGUGUAUUUUAUUAUUCUGUUGUUAGUGCGAAAAUAAAGUGUCUUUUAAUUUUAAAGUCAAGUAUAAAUAGGUAAUUGCUUGAUUCACUCAGACUCAAUACACGAACGUGACGAUAACAAAAGUGUGUUUUCUGAAGGAAUGGCUACUCGGCUGACUAUAAAAAUCUAGACAUGGAGUCUAGAAUAGGACUUGAUUACAUCGUCGAAAACCCCGAGUACACAGCAAAGUUAGCAAUAGCUUUAGACACCAAUAAUGUCACUGUAAAAAAGCAAGUAUUGGAAUUACUCUCUGCACUAUGUGUGUACAAUAUAGAAGGUCAUGCCAGAGCACUUGAUACCCUUCAGCACUUUAAGGAGCAGAAAAAUGAAAGGUACAAGUUACAAUUUGUUGUUCGCGAAUUACAAUGGGCGCUGGCCAAAGGCAAAGAGACGACAGACUAUCAAACCGCUAUAGUGGCCUUUAUUAAUUGUAUCAUUAUAUCAACCCCGCAACUUCGAAAUAGAAUAAGGAUUCGUAACGAAUUCAUCGGUCUUAAACUGCUGCCGAUACUGACCGAACUAAGGAAAGAAGCUGUACAUAACGCAGAUCUAGGAGUACAACUUGACGUAUUUGAUGAACAACGAGAAAACGACGAAUCGCAAAUUCUUGAUGUACCUUUUCGUGGUGUUGACAUCAAUUCUCACGUGGAUUUAUUUUAUGCCAUUUUAAGACAGAUAGCAGAUACGCCACAAGAAAUACCAUUUUUGAGUAUUUUACAACAUCUAUUAAGAAUUGAUCCUCGAGAAGCUGUCAGUGAUAUAAUUUGGGAUACGGCGGAGACAUUAGUACAUCGCUCGACAUUGCUGGAAAAUAGACAAGACGCCUCUCGGUUAUUGCGCACUCCUAGUGUUUUAGGUCAAAGUCAACCUAGGGAUGUUGGUUUGCGAGUAUGCUGUUGUGGCCGUAAGCAAUCGUUAGGACAAUCUAAUGUGACAUCACCAUUAUCUGUCACUUCAUCUACUCCACCAAUUCCACCACCUCCACCUCUUCAAUCUGGAAAUCUUCCUCCACCUCCACCUCCUCCACCUCCGUUGAUGGGCGUACCAUCACCUCCGGCACCACCUCCAUUCUUCCCCCAAAAUCAACACACAAAUUCAAGUGAACUUGAAUCUCAACAAUCAAUUAAACGGUCACUUGAAAUGGGGAAUAAUGGGUCUUCUAACAUCGUAGAUGCACCGCCUCCUCCACCUCCGGAGUCUAAAAUUGCAAAACUAUUACCUCAACAGGAAACACCAACACCUAAAACCAAAAUGAAAACUAUUAAUUGGAAUAAAAUACCUGAUAAUAAGGUUGUUGGACGUCAUAAUAUUUGGUCACUUGUAGCUAGAAGCCAUCAAAAUUCACCUAUGCCUGAUCUUGAUUGGUCAGAAAUGGAAGGUUUGUUUUGUCAACAAACUCCAGUUGCUCCGUCAAACCAAAGUGGCUAUUUGAAUUUCAGGACCGGACAAGAUAAUGGCGAUUGUGAUAAAAAACGAAAAGAACCGACUGAGAUAGUAUUAUUGGAUGGAAAAAGAAGUCUGAAUGUUAAUAUAUUCUUAAAGCAAUUCCGAAGUUCGAAUGAAGAUAUUGUACAAUUAAUUCGAGAUGGUGAACAUGACGAUAUAGGAGCAGAAAAACUUCGUGGUUUAUUAAAAAUUCUGCCAGAAUUAGAUGAGUUAGAGAUGCUCAGAGCAUUUGAUGGAGACAAGACUAAAUUAGGUAACGCUGAAAAAUUCCUACUGCAACUUAUUGACAUUUCCAAUUACAAAUUACGGAUUGAAAGUAUGUUAUUAAAAGAAGAAUUCGCUUCAAAUAUGAGUUACCUCGAACCAAGUAUAAAUUCAAUGAUUGUUGCCGGAGAAGAUUUGAUGACGAAUAAACGCUUCCAAGAAGUCUUAUACAUGGUCUUAUGUGCUGGAAAUUUUUUGAAUUUUGGAGGAUAUGCUGGAAAGGCUGCAGGAGUUAAGUUGAGUUCAUUGCAAAAACUUACAGACAUAAGAGCCAACAAACCGGGAAUGAACCUCAUACAUUAUGUCGCUUUACAAGCUGAAAAAAACCGAAAAGACUUACUCAAGUUUCCAAAUGAGAUGUCUGUAUUAGAAGAAGCUACAAAGACAACUGUAGAACAGCUACAAAAUGAAAUAAUUGCGUUAGAUUCAAGGUUUAAAGUUGUACGAAAACAAAUUGAACUUCCUAACACAGAGCAAGAUAUUAAAAAUCAGAUGAUUGAUUUUCUUAAGAUAGCCGAAAAUCAAGUUGGAAGUUUGCAAAACGACAUCGCUGAAUUAGAAUCAAUGAGAAAAACGUUGGCAGAUUUCUUUUGUGAAGAUGUAAAUGCGUUUAAACUUGAAGAAUGUUUUAGGAUAGUUCAUAGUUUCUGUCUGAAAUUCAAAUUAGCUGUAGCAGAAAAUGAACGAAGAAAAGCACAAGAAGAACAAGCUUUGGCUAGACGCCGCCAAAGAGAAGAGCAAUUAUCUGUUAAAAAACGAUUCUUAACAAAUGACCAACAAAUUAAUGGAUCGGAAACUGAAAGUAACAUUGUUGAUUCAAUUUUAUAUGAUAUUCGAUCUGGAUUUACACAUAAAAAAAGUUUUGACAAAGGUAAAAGGCCACACAAUCCAAAUACAGAAGAGGAUAAUGUAUCGAUGACAGGUUCACCGGCAGUUGUUAGAAGAAGAUUAGGAACCAUUGAUAACAGUAACAAAGAAGAUCAAAAUUUAUCACCUGAUGUAACUCCUAAUGGAAGUUUACGCCGUAGAAGAAGUCGUGUACCAUCAGAAGAUGACGAAGUUACGUUAAUGGAUUUCUUAAGAACAUCAAAUCAAGAUACCCCUCCUAUAUCUAAUACACACAGAAAAUCUUGGGGGAGCUUAGAUCGAUCUUGGGCACGAAGAAUUCGAGGAAGUGGUAAAAAAAGACCAGACUUAUUAAGUGCUGAUUUCGGUGCUGAUAGAGAACGUGCAAAUUCGCCAUCACCAUUAGUAGAAACUAAAUCAAUUACAUCUACUACAGCUUCAACUCCUGAAGAAGAAACGAAACCAAAAGCAUGGAGGCAAAAAAUCGAAGCUUGGCUACAUGAAAAUGAGAAGGAAGAAAAAGAUUCUGAUGAAUUACGACGAAAAGCUCAGCGUGUGCAAAGUAACAGAAGAUCAUUAGAAAAUGAUUCAGAAAGUGAUGGUCGUAGUAGUAUAUUAGAUACAUUACCUGAAGGUAAAUUAGCGAAUUCAAAGAAUGAUGGAUAUAAGCGAGUAUACUCAGAUUGGCGUCCAACUAUUGAAAAAACAGACGUUGUAGGCGUUAUGGAAGCGAUUGCUGGAGCUCAAUUGCCGAUGAAAGAUAAAUCACAAUGGCGAAAAUCUAAUCUAAAUGUACCCAACACCUCAGAAGAAAUUGAUCAUUUAAAUUCUAAAAGAAACAAAAAUCCGGUCACUUUAUCUAAUUUUGAAAAUCAUAGCAAGCCCUUACAUGCUAUUAAAGAAGAAGAUAAACGAAAAGGUUUCAUUGAACAGUUAGGACAAAAUAUGAAUAGCCCAGAACGAUUAACAGUUUAUAUUCGUGGAUCAGAUCAAACAGAUUUAAAAGGAAAUCAAAGAAAACCAUUACAUAGCCCAGAUUCUUUAGAGGAUAAGUUAUUGCCACCUUUUUCUCCUCGUCGUAAAAUAUCAGACUCUGUUGGAACUGUAGAAAUAUCUGAUAGAGCUGAUAUAGAUUCGGAUAAUAUUGAAACACCACCUACCUCUCGUCGACAAAUUGCUAAACUACAAAAUAUUCCUCCAAUUUCUAAACCAGGCGAAGAGGAAACACUUGGUGAUGGACAAUUUGAUAGAUUUUCUGCUGCAAGACGUACUCGUAGAUACAGAAAGUCAGCUGAAGAUGAUUCAUUAAGUCGUAAAUUUGAUGAAUUUGAAUCUCCUAGACCUCUUAAUGAAAGCGAUAAUAAUGUUCGGCAGACCCCGUGGAAAGAUAAGUUAGCAUAUAAAGCUAGUAAUAACAUUGAUGAUGCCAAAGAAUUUUCUCGGACUAGAAUGUAUUCAUCUAUGCCUAGAACUGCAAGAAAUCAUAGCGUUGUAGAUCACGGUGAUAUCAUGAAAGCUGUUAAAAUAUACGGUCAACAGUCAACGGACAAAAAUAUUGUAGAACUACCACGAAUAUCAGGAAGGGUAACAAAGAUAAAUAUAUUGGAUAAUGGAGAGUCUAGAAUUGAUAUGAAAAAUAGCGAAUUCAUUCCAGAGAUUCGCGUACAAGCAUUAACUCCUCCCAUAAAAACUGCAAUAAGAACAGAACAUGAUCUAAAUGAUGAAGGUUUUGAAGAAUCAGUUAGUUUAAUGUCAGCUGAAUCAUUAAGUGCGGAAGCUUCAUCUGGUAAUUUUGAAUCUGAAAAAUCGAUACCUCCAAAAACUAUCACUAGAGCAGAUAGCAGCGAGAGUAAUGAUACUAAUAGUAGUAGUGGACUACCUGCUACACCAAAUUUAAGAAAAACGAAUUCUUUGAGAACAUCAACCAAACCUAUAGUUGCGAUAAAAACUUCAGAAACUCCAAAACGAACAAGUAGUUUUAGAACACCUAUGGUAAUGCAACGACCGUUAGUUAUGAAAAGAACACCGUCUUCUUCGUUAGCUAGACCUUUGGUAAAAUCAUCUUCAAUAUCUAGUAGACCUGGUUUAACUAGAACAGAAAGUGAACCCAAAUCUGUUGAAAGGUCAAGUUCUAAGAGUAGCUUACGUAGUUCUAGAAGUUCUUUAAAUAGUAUUAAUUCUGCCAGUACAGUGAAAAAAAUUCCAGGAAUAUCAACGUACACCAAAGCAAUUAAUGAUUUAACUACAGAUUUAAAGGCUAAAAAACCACUAAGUGCUUUACAACCUUAUAAUAGUAAUAAUAGUCGGAACCCUAUUGCAAGCAGAAGCAAUAGUGGUAGUAUUGCAAUCGCUGUUAAUAAACCAAAGCCUAAAACUUUUCAAAGUAAUAGCUUUAAAGAAAAUCAAAGUAGAGGUACAAAUUUUUCAACCACGGCCAGUUCUAAAACAUUAGGAUUCAUGAGACCUACAGCAUCAAGUACAGCAAAAGAUUUAGUCGAUGGUGUUAAACCAAAACCUCUAGUCAAAAAAACCUUCAAAUAAUGAAUAGAGUUUAUAAAAGUAAUAAAUAAAUCUAUUGACAAAUUAUCAAAAAUAUUUAAGACUUUUUAAUAUUCAUAAGAAAUGUUUCAUAAUAUUUAUUAUACAAAUUAUGAUUAGGUAUAUAAUAAUUUUUAUUAAAAAAACAUUUUAGAAAUUAAAUCAAAAAUCAUUCGGUCUCUUAUUUAAAAUUUGAUUCUAUAACAAAAAAGGCUUAAUUAUUAGUCUCAUUAUCAAACAAUAAAAAUAAUAUUACCGACACAAAAAAAAAAUAGAUUACUUUUGAUCAUCCGUUACCAAUAAAUUUCAGUAGAUUUACUGUCAUAAUUUUUCAUUUAAAAUCUAAAAUAUCAUUAACUGUACUAUAAAUAUUUAAGUAAAUAUAGUUUUUAUAAUUUAUUAUUAUAGUAUGAAUCCUUAUCAAAUUAAUUUUUAUAUUAGUAAUAAUCAUGCAUAAUGUAAAUUUUAUUUACACGUUAUGAUAUUUAGUAUCUAGUCAGAACACAUUGAAACGACAUCAAAAUAAAGAUGCCUAUUGUAUUUUAGAAUUAAAGGCUAUAUAAGUAGUUCCAACAAUUUAUGAGCUGUAUUUGAAACUUUUUUUAUCACAUCCUAAUAAUAUUGUUAAUUUUUUGUAUUGUAUUAUAUGAACUGUUAGAUAUUUUUAUUCAAUUAUGUGACUUAUUAAAAGAAUUAUAAGACAAUACUAAUUAGAUAAUUUAUACAUUUUAUACUAACAUUUGUUU